GGAUUUAAAAUAUAUUUGCUGUGUCCUGAAGGAAGGACAGUGGGCACAAUUUCUAAGAAAAUAUAUUUCUGAAAAUAAGGUCAAGUGGCAGCAUGACCUCUAGGGAAAUUUUGAUACACUGUGUUUACAUGGGGGGGAAGGAAAAUAAUAAGUACCACACUGAUUAUUGGAGAUAUUGUUUAGUUCCUGCCUUUUGAUGUUUAAAGGCACUAGGUAUUGUAAAUCUCAUAAGCUGCAUUGUAUUUUAAAUAUAGAGAUAUAGCCUACCCUGUUAAAAUAUUAAAUGAGUAGCCUGUUGUAAAGGAAAGCCUAACUCAUGAUGUCCAGCAUAACAUAAUCCAUCUAAGCUUGUCUUGAUACAUUUUGACUGUUACACUAGAAACAAAAGCGGAAAAUGCGUGAACAAAACCUUACACUUGCAUGUCCCUAAUUCUCUUGAUCAGAAACAGGUACACUGAUUUGAGAAAUUAUCCGUGGAAGCUGAAGGCAGUCAGCGCCGCCCUGAACACGCGCUUUCACUGGUUAAGAACGCGGAACAAAUGGGCGGGCUUAGAACGCUCAGCACAGCGACCAAUAGCGUUGAGCGAAGGCGAUGACUGACGCCUACAUUCCCACCAACCAGCGCGAUUCAAACCAGCGCGUGAACAACCCGCCCAGCUGGGUAUAUAUUCAGCGAUGACAGCUCGCUAAUCCACUGCGUUUGCUUCGACAGCCCAGCGCAAAGAGGCACUCUCGGAACACAAAAGCGACUCUUCCAACGAAACCGUUUCGUCCAGACGUGUCAACAUGAAGGCAAUAAGCCCAGUCAGGUCUUUCCGGAAAAGCAGCGCGAAUGUGACGGAGCACAGUCUGGGAAUCUCACGGAGCAAGACCCCCGUGGACGAUCCCCUAAGCCUGCUGUACAACAUGAACGACUGCUACUCCAAACUGAAGGAACUGGUGCCGAGUAUCCCGCAGAACAAAAACGUGAGCAAAAUGGAAAUCCUGCAACAUGUCAUCGACUAUAUCCUGGACCUUCAGAUCGCACUUGACUCAAAUUCCGCAAUCACCAGCCUGCAUCACCCGCGAGCGGGGCAGGGGACAUCCAGAACCCCCCUGACAACACUCAACACAGACAUCAGCAUCCUCUCAUUACAGGCACCUGAGUUUCAAUCAGACUUGAUCACAGAGGACAGCAGGACGCUUUACCCUUAAUCAGGUGUUUGGUUAAGACACAAGAACACACAGGACCUGGGAACUGGCUUUUCCUCUGAUUUCUGUUCUCAGUCUGGAGUUUUUUUUUUUUUUUUUUUUUUUCUGUAAUUGAAUCAAGAGACUUUUUUUCUUUUUUUUUUCUUUUGCUUCUAAAAAGGACAAUCCAUGUGAUGUGCUAUAAGUUCGGACAUUGAUUAUUUAUCUUCUAAAAAGACUUAUUUGGUCCUUUCUUCAAGAGGAAGAAGCACUAUAUUCCCUGAGAAUAGGAGGGAAACCUGUAAAAGAUCACAAGGAACCUUUUCUCUGCAUUGAGAAGAAGUCUUACCUUUUUUUCGUGAAGACCGUGUGAAUAGGAGAAGACGUGGUUAGUUACUGUACAAAGUUUAAGUCUGUUUUUGUCAAUUCUUUUGGCACACGAAGGACUGGACGUUGAAAAUGAGAUGAUGAUGAAACCUUGUGAACUCUCUCAGAGUUUUAUCUUGUAUAGUUGCAGAAAUUGGACUGUCAGUAUCUGCAAAGUGUUAUGCUGUAUGCUGAGACUUUUUAUAAAAGUAAUAUUGUAAAUCGUACCUUUUUUUUUUUAUACAAAAUAAAUCAAAUGCUUUAUUUGA